GCGUUCAGAAAUGAUGGGGACACUGGGCGGCCAUAUUUGUUUAGGGUAAACUGUUGGAAGCAAGGAAGGAGAAAAGGAUCCGCAGAGCUCAUUAUUAACAGAACGACGAAACUCAUCCAAAUAGCAGCGAGGGAUAAUCUGAGGGAAUAUUUGCCAAUUUUGACUGAUUUUUAAAUGUGGGUAUGAAGGUUUGCCAGGAGUAAUGAUGGCGUUACAGGCGCUUCUGGCACAGCCUUCGUCGUUGUAGUUGGAUUUGUGUGCCGGCUGUGGGGAUCAGCGCGGUGUCUAUGAGGUCGGCAUGUUCUGUGAAAAGGCAAUUGAGUUGAUCCGGGAGUUGCAACGAGCCUCAGACGGACAGCUGCCGGCCUUCAAUGAAGAUGGAAUCCGACAGGUUCUUGAAGAGAUGAAAGCUUUGUAUGAACAGAACCAAGCAGAUGUUAACGAAGCAAAGACUGAAGGUCGCAGCGACUUAAUACCAACCAUUAAGUUCCGUCAUUGCUGCCUGCUCCGAAAUCGCCGCUGUAUUGUCGCGUAUCUGUAUGACCGUUUGCUUAGGAUCCGCGCGCUCCGAUGGGAAUAUGGCAGUGUGCUUCCCAAUACCCUGAGGUUCCAUAUGUCUGCAGAAGAGACUGACUGGUUUAAUCAGUACAAAAAGUCACUGGCUAUGUACAUGAGGUCUCUGGGAGGUGAUGAAGGUCUGGAUAUCACGCAAGACAUGAAGCCCCCCAAAAGUUUGUACAUUGAGGUACGCUGCUUAAGAGACUACGGCGAAUUUGAGAUUGAAGAUGGCACAACAAUUCUUCUAAAGAAAAACAGCCAGCAUUUUUUGCCCAGAUGGAAGUGUGAACAGUUAAUUCGACAAGGCAUUCUGGAGCAUGUGUUGUCCUAAGCAGGUUUCUGUGUCCUCUACAGACUACUUUGGAUUAGCAUUAACUUUUUGUGUAUCUUGUAAAUAUGUAUUUCUGCCUUUAUUAAAUCAAUUUACAUCUUG